UAGCAAAGUUUAAGUUCAAGCACAAAAAAACUAUAUUUAUAUAUAAAUUCAUGUUCUAAUUCGAGCCAAACUCAAAAAUUAAUUAUGAAAGUCAUAAUCAUAUUUUUAGAGGAGCUAAAUCUGAUUACUUAAAAUAAAAUUGAGAGAUGCUUUUGGAAGAUGAUAACAUAAAUUACAAAAUACUGGAUGAAUGCGUUUUCUUCAAUACCUAAACGCGAUUACUCUUUAAACGGCCGAGAUUCGAUCAACAACAUCCAACGGCUCACCAUUAAUCGGAAUAACCACUUCUACUUCGCCUCUCUUCCCCUAAAACUGCAAAACUCGUCUUUCACCUUUCUUCUCAGAAAUCCCUAUCUUUUACUUCUUCAACAGCGACCUUCCCCAAUUCUUCAGAUUCCAAUUGAAAUCCUACAAAACUAUCCCAAGAAUGAGGUCGAACCACGCAGCCAUAUUUUUCGGUAGAUUUUUGUCAAUUUUUUCGUCUAAAUUCUCCACUUUUGCCAUCGGUUCUCCACAUUAUCAAUCAUUUCUUGUACCCAGUCUUAAUUUUGAUAAUGCCAGCUGCCAAAUUAGACACUUCUUCGCCUAUCCCAGAUUUGAUUUUGGAUCUAUACGUGAGCCCAAUGAUGCAGUCGCUCUAUUUCGGGAUAUGAUGAGAACGGAGCCGCUUCCUUCUGUUAUAAAUUUCAAUAAACUGCUGACCAGUGUGGUCAAGCUGAAACAAUACUCUGCUGCACUUCAUCUGUUCGACAAAAUGCUUCAAAGAGAUGCUCCCGUAGAUCACUACACGUUGAGUAUUGCGAUUGAUUGCUACUGCCGACUGAAAAGACCUGAUUUUGGGUUUGCGAUCUUAGGCAUUUUUUUCAAGCGUGGGUACGAGCCUGAUGUUGUAACAUUUAACACUCUCAUCAAAGGCCUUCUGUUUGUUGGAAGGAUCCCAGAGGCGGCUAAAGUGUUGUGGAAGCUGUCGGUCUACCAACUGUGUGAGCACAAUGAACGUACGUAUAGUACUAUGAUUAAUGGGUUAUGCAAAGCUGGAUGUACUCUCAUGGCAAUUGAUUUGCUCUGCUCACUGGAAAAAGAAAAGGGAAUCUGCAAACCCGAUGUCUAUGCUUAUAAUGCAGUCAUUGAUGGUUUAUGCAAUGAUGGAAAGGUGGACCAUGCUCUGCAACUCUUCUCCACUUUGGGUGAUAAGGGGAUUUCACCCGAUGUUGUGACAUAUAAUUCAAUAAUUGGGGGGUUAUGCAAUAGGAGAAGAAUGGGCGAGGGUGAAGACAUGUUAAAGAAGAUGAUAGCUAAUGAGGUCCGCCCAGAUGUUUGGACGUGUAAUAUCUUUGUGGAUGCUUGGUGCAGAGAUGGAAAGGUGGAGGAGGCUGAGCAUAUGUUGGUAUUGAUGAAGGAGAUUGAUGCUCAACCCAACAUUGUCACAUACAAUGCAUUGAUUAACGGAUAUUGUAUGCAAGGAAAAAUGGACAAUGCAAAACACAUUUUCCAAUUGGCAGUGAACUAUGGAAUUAAGCCCAAUAUCAUAAGCUACAAUAGCUUGAUGAAUGGGUAUUGCAAAAAGGGGCAAGUCAAUGAAGUUUCACAUCUUUUUACCAUAAUUCCCUACAAAAGGUUAAAGCACAAUGUGGUUUCUUAUACCAUAAUGCUAGAGGCCUUAUUUCGUGAAGGCAAAUCUGAAGACGGCUUGAAGCUGUUCAAAGAGAUGGAAGCUCUACAUAUUUCUCCUAAUAUAAAGACUUAUAGUGUUUUGUUGGAUGGUUUGUGUGGAGCUCGUCGUAUUUCUGAAGCAUUUUCGGUGUUGCAUACCAUGAAAGAUAAAGGCAUCGUUCCCAACAUAGUUACAUACAAUAUUCUCAUUGAGGGAUUGUGCAACGAUAAUAAAGCCAAAGAAGCAAAAGAUCUGUUCAAUGAGCUUCCAUCUAAAGGUAUGCUGCCAAAUGUAGUAACAUAUACAAUCCUUAUCGGUGCACUUUGCGUAGAUGGGCAGAUAGAGGAGGCUAAGGAUUUGAUGAUGCAAAUGGUAAACAACGGUUGUUUGCCAGAUAGUGUGACGUACAAUGUUUUAGUUCAAGGUCUUCUCAAAAGGAACAAGACGGGCGAUGCAAUUCCACUAUUGGAAGAGAUGGAUGCAAGGGGUUUCACACUUUACGAAACUACUUUAUCAAUGUGGAUUGAGCAUGUGGUAAGAGAAGGUAGAGAUAGUGUUCUAUUUGACAAGGUUAAGAACCUCGUACGAAAGGACCUCUAUUCUAAAUAGGUGUCAUAUUGUAUUAGAAGUUGAAGAAUUAUUUUACCAGAAACUGAGUGCUUAUUUGUUUGUUUAAUCACUAUGUUAUGAUGAUUUUGAAUGCUUGAAUUUAUAGCUUUAUCAUAAAUGACUAGGAUUUGAAAUGGGAGACACUUUGAUAUCAUUCACUCUUUGAAUGGGACUCUUCUGUUUACUGUUGCAAACAUUUUUCUAUUUGGUAUGUGGAUUAUCAUCUAAUUUAACUGUAUUUUGGC